AAUCUAAAUCUGGUCUAGCUCAAGAGAAGGUUAUAAAUAUAAUUAACAAAAUUCUCUCAAAUACUGAAGAUAGACUUGAAAGGUCAUUGUUUUGUAAUAAUAAGCAAUGGAAGAAACAUCAUGGAAUAUUUCACAACAAAUCUGAAACAGAGACUAAUUCAUCCAGCUCUGAUUCAGAAUCCAUGGAUUCAAACUAUUAUGUCCGUGAUAAAGUAAAAAUCAAUACUCAUUUAUUACAAUAUCAAUCAUCUCCUCCUGGUUUGUUAUUAAUUCCUGAAAAAGCUGUUUAUCUUUAUCCAUAA